AGCAUCUCAUGUGAGGUCCUCAGGCGCUCAGUGUGCGCCUCCCUUUGUGCCUCUACACUCAAGAUGGCUCCCGUUUUAGAGAAGAAGCUACUGGGCGCAGCCGGGACAGGCGACACUAUGGAAAACAGCAACGAGGAUGAUGAAGGACAAAAUCUCUGGACUUCAAUCCUCAGCGAAGUUUCCACACGCUCAAGCUCUAAAUUGCCCUCUGGGAAAAAUAUAGUGCUUUUCGGGGAGGAUGGUUCAGGAAAAACCACACUCAUUACAAAACUUCAAGGAUCCGAGCACAGUAAGAAAGGUAGAGGGCUGGAAUACUUGUACCUGAGCGUCCAGGAUGAAGAUCGAGAGGAUUUAACUCGCUGCAGCGUGUGGAUUCUGGAUGGAGACCUGUACCACAAAGGCUUGCUGAAGUUUGCAGUGACCUCUGAGUCAUUGAAGGACAGUCUAGUUGUGUUUGUGGUGGACAUGUCACGGCCUUGGACCAUCAUGGAGUCUUUGCAGAAGUGGGCGAGUGUACUGCGUGAGCACGUGGACAAACUGAAGAUCCCACCUGAGGAAAUGAGAGAGAUGGAGCAGAGGAUGGUUAAGGCCUUCCAGGAGUAUGCAGAACCAGAGGAAGCCACGCCGAGCUCACCCCAGAGAAGAGGGCCAGCAGCUGGGGGAGAAGAUGAGAGUGUGCUGCUGCCCCUGGGAGACAACGUCCUCACACACAACCUGGGCAUUCCAGUGCUCAUAGUUUGCACAAAGUGUGAUGCUGUCAGUGUACUGGAGAAGGAGCACGACUACAAGGAGGAGCAUUUUGACUUCAUUCAGUCACACAUCCGGCGGUUCUGUCUACAGUAUGGAGCUGGCUUGAUUUACACUUCAGUCAAAGAGGAGAAGAACCUAGACCUUCUCUACAAAUACAUGGUCCACAAAAUAUACGACUUCCAGUUUACAACACCUGCCUUAGUGGUGGAGAAGGACACUGUGUUCAUUCCAUCCGGAUGGGACAAUGAAAAGAAAAUUGCCAUCCUGCAUGAAAACUUCACAACAGUUCGACCUGAAGAUCCCUUUGAGGACUUUAUAACAAAACCUCCUGUACGAAAGUUGGUGCAUGACAAGGAAAUCAGUGCAGAGGAUGAGCAGGUCUUCCUCAUGAAACAGCAGUCAUUGUUAGCCAAGCAGCCAGCCACUCCCACAAGAGGAACAGAGUCUCCUGCCCGGACAACAUCUGGUUCACCCAGGCCGACAGGCCGAACAGGGCCCACAAAUGUGGCUAGUGUCUCACCCAUGACUGCGGUGAAGAAACCAGACCCCAACAUGAAAGGAGCAGCAGCAAAUGAGGGAGUGCUGGCCAACUUCUUCAACAGUCUGCUAAGUAAAAAGACAGGUGUUCCGGGCAGUCCUGGGUCACCGGGGGCAGGAGCAGGAGCGGCUGUACAAGGCUCUGCCAAGAAAACAGGGCAGAAGCCGGGUUUGACUGACGUUCAGGCGGAACUGGACCGAAUGACUCGUAAACCCGACUCAAUGGUAACGGCCAACAACACCCCAGCGACGGAGAACGAGGCAUGAGCGCGUCAACAGCAUUGUCCAAUCUGGAAAUCAACAUGUAAUGACAUAAAGGAGAAAAAAAAAAUGCUAUUCAUGACCAAAAUUUCCCCCACCUUGUGUAUCAAUCAGCAAACAGACCGAAAGUGUUGGGAUUCUAUCAGAUGUAUAGGCUCUGAAGUUGUGGGGGAAAGAGAGGUAGAUAUUUGAAAAGAUGCAACUGCUUUUCUUUGUUUUCAUUUCCAGACCCCUUUCUAUGUUUGUUUGUUUAUUUGUGGUGAUUAAUUUUUGGUGUGGCAUGGCAGGUCAGGUAAUGGGUGCUCUCUCCUUAAGGAGGCAGUCAAACCUCUAAAGUGUGGGGCCUUGCUUGGCUUGGGACACCUUUAACUGCACCCAUUCCCCUCCUCCUGACAAGAGCAGAAACGCACUGCUGCAUUCAAUGAGCAGUCGCUUCAAGUGUUGCAAUCUGCUACAAAUCCUGCUAAAAGCCUAAACAUAUUCAUCGAAAACAAGAAGUACUUGCAAAAAGUAUAUAGUGUGUACAAACGUAGUUGCAUUUAUGCUGAUGUAUUUAUAAAGAAGAAAGCAAAUCAAGCUUUUAUUUUCUCUCUGUGUUUUAUCAGUGAGACGUUAAGCUUCACUUAACAUGGUUAACAUCACUGAUGUCAUGACACUAAUGACACAUACCCAUUGGCCUUCAGCAUACAGGAAUGGCAGACAUUGCCACACCGCUUCUUUGAAUUAUGUAAAUAUGCGCUAAAUAUUUGCUAUACGAGCUUUGAUUUGAUUUUGUAUUAAAUUGAAUUAUUUUAACAAUUUAUGGAGAACUAUUUCAGAUGAAACAAGCAUUGAUGAGUGUCAGGCUGAGCAUUUUCUUUUGGCUAUGGUUGUUUUUGGAGGAGAGGGGCAGGGCAGCAUCUUUCCUAGUAUAACUCCCAAGUGCCUGUGUUAUAGUGGAGGUGCUUGUCUCUAAAAGAGGAAUUGCACUGUAGCAUCAACAGUCAAUAGUUUUUUUUUUUGUUUGUUUUUUUUUUGGUCCAGCUUCAUGUAAUUUAUUUGUUUUUUUUUUUGUUUUGUUUUUUUGUCUGUGGUCUUUGCUUUUUUGCUAAAAUUACACAUUUUGCUUACUUCAGUGGCCUAGAUUCUUUUUUUGCUGCCAUAGGGAGCUUGCCUGCCUUUUAGUGAAUGUCAGUGUCCACCUAAAACGUGUUUAGCAUCUUGGCGGGACAUUUCGUCCCACCAUCAAGUUUGAAAUUGUGGUUUAAACCACUACUACCAUUCUCACGUGGCCAAGUACGUCGUGUCUUUUGUCAGUCCUUACAAAUGAGAUCAGAUUUGUUUAGCAAUUUUAUAUAAUAUAUAUAUAUAUAUAUAUAUAUAUAUAUAUAAUAUAUAACUUUAGGACUGUUUAACAUUAAACAUUCCCAGUUUCUUGCGCAGCGUAGGUGUUUCUGUAGGCGACGCAUGUUUGUUUUGUGUGCCCUGCCUCAGUGCCCACUGGAAGUGACGACUUUGCCUUCAGUGUAGCAUUCACUGUUGUCACUCCACAUGCUCUGUCUCUUCACUCAGGGUAGGUUUGAGUCCAUACAACAGCCUUGUCCGUCUUCAUAGUAAAUUUCUCAACAUUUUCUUCCACUACUGAUACUGUAUCAUAUUGAAUUUCUUGUUUCAAGCAACCGUUUUCGGUUUUUCUUUUUUGGCCCUUGAACAUGUAACUAAUUUAGUUGGUUUAGCUUGACAAAUCAUCCACAGGCAUGAUGUAAUGGUUUUCUUAAGGUUUUUAACCUUGAUGUUGUAGUGGAGAAACUGUAAAUGGAGCAGCUAAAGUGGCUUUUAAAUGAUCAUUACAUUUUCAGAUGAAAAAGGAAAACGCAGAGAAUUGAAAUCUGGAACCAAAGAUGUAGAAUCCACAUGUUAUGUCUAUGUCGAGUAGCUGCUCUAAAUUUCUCCCAGGUGGCCACUCUUGGCCGAGCCUGGAGAAGCCAUCAUUCCAAAACGGAUCCUCUGUUUACUGUGGUGGUCUGUGUACAAUGUCCGAUUUUUCCACUAGAGUUUGAAGUCUUUGUCCUUUUUUUUUUUUUUUUUUUUUUUUUAAGCUCUUCAAGGGAAUAGACCACAAGAUGUGUAGAGUUUACUGUUGUUUUGCAUGAACUUGUGCUAGAAAUAUGAAAAGAAAAAUCUCAUACCAAACUAGAGAUAAGGAACUCGAAUGAAAUUUACAUUUAUUCUGCAUAAUAUUGCUUAACGGUUUCCAUUUAUGAUGGGCAGGGCUAAAGCAUUUGCUGAUAUUCAAGCACAACAUUAAGUCUGGACUAUAUACCUCUUGUUUUAGUGGUUAAGGUUUUUCAUCUAUUCAGACUGAAAGAAUUUCUUGGGCUGUCACUAAUGAAGCCUCCGAUCACAUAACAUUCUACCUGCUUUCAAACCGCUCAUAUAACCUUAAAUGCACUUAAGUAUUUCAUUGCAUUCUGCAUUUGCUGUAUGACUGAAAUCUCACUAAGUAUCACUGACACAUUCCUGUGAACAUGGCUCUUUUUUCCCACCAAAAGAUGUGGCGUUGUAACCGUUUUUCUGAAAGUGAAGUACUGUUAUUAAUUUGUCUUGGUUAAAUUUUCAAAAGCAACGCAUUGUUAACAUUUAAACAUUUCAUUUUUUUCCUACACAAAUUUUGGCGGUUACUGAUUUUACUAGUAGCUUGGUGCAAAUAUAGACGACAACUUAAAGGACUAAGAAAUUAAAAAACUAACAAGCUGCUGAGAUGCCUGAAGUACUUGAAAAAGCUUCCUAACUCAGAACCCAUCUGUUUUCCCAAAGGAGACACACAAUGGAUAAAAGGUCUAAGGGUGGCCACCAAAAGAAACCGGUUACUUGGCUUCAGCUUCAUUGAUUUCUUUCCCUCGGUUGGGGAUGAUUGCAAUUAUAUAAUGAACAGCACAUUUUGUAUGUAUUUCAUUCAGACUAGGAUGGAAGUUGACUGCUUUGUUCUGUAUAAUUCUUCUAAUAUGCACUUACCCCUGUAAGUAAGAAAAUGUUGAGAAAAUGCUCUGGCUUCCAAAGUUUUCUAUACAGGAAUUGAAAGACCUUUCUAUUCACACAAAGGACUGUUUGUGUGCUAUACCGUAAAGUGAGUCUGAUUGUAUGGCUUUAACUUGAUGCAGUAUGUGGCCAUGUGAAAUCUUGCUUUUAAUGCAAACAAGAUAAGGAAAUGUCUUUUUUCAGUCCUGGCUUAAAUAAAAUACAAAUCCAGACUACAA